CGAAGAGAGAAAGGUGGAAAAUGAAGGGGAUGAUGAUGAUCAUGGAGAUUCUUCUUUGAUUCACGAAUCGUCUCUGUUUCACAUAUUUGUCGAAAUUCAAAAGAAAAACGAUCUGUCGGUUUCAUAGGAAAAAUAGAAAAAGAAAUAAAAAAAGCUCUGCUUUCUCUUUCUUUCGUCUUUUUCUAGAUCGCAUUUUCUCAACUGUCGUUUCUUUUCACAAAUCUCGCCAAAGUUUGUGACAUCUCAUCGAAUUUAGCAAACCCUUUUGUCUCAAAAUCUAAUCCUUGCGUCAAUCUCGCUCCAAAAAAAAAUCAAACCUUUAUCUGUUUCCUCUGUUUUCGUUCUCUCCCUUUUGCUCUGUUUUUUUUUCGAUCGAUUUUGAUCAUUACAAUGGGCUGUGCAAGCUCCAAGCAUAAAAGGCGUUGCAGUGAUUGUCGAGGAGGAUUAUCUCCGGUGGUUGUGCCCCGAAGCUAUUCAAUGCACGUUCAUCAUCCGGCGCAACACACCGGAGAUAGCCAUCACACGGUGGCUCUCACAUCCUCCACCGUCGGAUCUCUCACUCUCUGCGAAUGUCCUUUCAGUCUUAUUGACAAACACUUGGAAGGCAUCAGAGAAAAGCGAGUCGUCUCCGAUGAGAAGGAGCUAAUCCCCGGUGGUGGGUUUCAUCAGGAUGAUCUCGAGGUUAAAGAAACGGAGAAGUUGCAGUCUAAUCUUAUGGAAGCCAAGGUUUGGUCGAGUAUGAUGAACGAGAGAAUCCCCAAGUUGUUGCCGCCUAAAACUCCGAUUGUGACGCCUCCCGGUGAGCCGGAGACGAUCAAUACGUGGGAGUUGAUGGAAGGUCUUGAAGACGCGAGUCCUUUGCGACCACCUGAUCAUUUGAGAAGCUUCUCCUUUGAUGUUGUCCGUGUUCAACCUUGUGAUGAAGAUGAUGAUGAUGAUGUUCCUGCUCCCUUAGAUCGACCUAAGUCAAGGUUUCAUGAUUUGGAUCAUCCUGAGAUCGUGUCCACUUUCAGGAAAUCGCUUCAAGAACUCCCAGAUGAUCAUCCUUUUCACAUCCGGAUCCCUAAUGUGGAUCCGAUAUCAUCCGGGUCUUCAGAUGAAGAAGAAGAAGAAGAUGCAGAUUGUAGAAGAAAGCCAGAGAAGGUGAUAGUUUACUUCACAAGUCUUAGAGGUAUACGGAAGACAUACGAAGACGGUUGCAAUGUCAGGGUGAUUCUAAAGAGCUUAGGGAUUCGUCUCGACGAGCGCGAUGUGUCGAUGCAUUCGGGUUUCAAAGAUGAGCUGAAGGAGUUGUUGAGGGACGAGUUCAACAAUGGCGUUGGAAUAACCCUACCUAGAGUUUUCUUGGGGAGCAAGUAUCUCGGAGGAGUGGAAGAGAUAAAGAAGUUAAAUGAAAAUGGAACGCUUGAAAAGGUUGUAGAUGGUUGCGAAAGAGUCGAGGAUGGGUUAACGGGUUGUGGGAUUGAAUGUGAGGCUUGUGGUGAUGUUCGGUUUGUGCCGUGUGAGACGUGUUCAGGAAGCUGUAAAAUAUACUAUGACAGUGAAGGUGAAGAUGAAGAUGAAAAGGAAGAAAGAACAGAAGAAACAGAGUAUGGGUUCCAAAGAUGUCCAGAUUGUAAUGAGAAUGGGUUGAUCAGAUGUCCUAUUUGUUGUGAUUAAGUCCUUUUGAACAGACAAAUCAAAUUCAACUCUUUUCUUUUUUUUUUUUACUUUGGGGUUAUUAAAAUUCCUUUUUGUGGGACUUUUGGUGCUGGAGCUGGAGAAUGUAUUGUUGUUGUACAGCGGUGUUCUGAUUGAUAGUGAAA